AUGGACGCCGAGCUGGGUUCUCAACAGCCAAGCAUGCAGCACACUCCCCAGCAGCUGCUCGAAAAGCCUGGAAUGCCAGAGAAGACGAGGGGCCGCCCAAAGAACUCCAGAGACAAGGUUCCGCGCAACCGCAAGGGCGAAGGGCUAGCAAAGAAGCCCACCUGGGCGAAAUCUGGACGCCCCAGCAAGCAGCAGAAACAGGCUCUUGAAGAGAGGAAGGCGCUCAAAUACCUGAUCGACCGUGAAGAGCAGAUGUUCGGCAUUUCCAACCCAGAAUUGAAUGCUUGUCUGCAAAAGCUCGAAGGACAAGCCCGCUUGAAGAAAUGA